AACACGGCUCUCCUUGAGCAGGCCUUCCUUGCGGCAGGGGCGCCUCAAUCACGAUCCGACGUCAUCGGGCCGAUCAAAGGCAACAAACGUCUCGCACUCGUUGGCGAUGCUGUUCUUCGACUUUGUAUCCUUGAUGAAUGUUUUCCAACUAGUGGUGACGCAGAACUCGGACAAAAUCUCGUGGUAGAUGUCGGAACAAACGAAAAUCUGAAGAACGUAGCGAAGGAGUGAGGUUUGAAAGAGUACAUCAGAGAAAAUCCAUGUCAAAAGGGUCAGGAAGCGAAAACAACGCUCGCUUCUACGGUAAUCAACCCUUCCUACUUCUAUG